AUGGCAAGAGAUAUUUUGUCUCAACGAAGUGUAACAGAUUUGAAAUUGAGACUUAUUUCAGACAGAAAUACUGAUGGACGUAUUUAUAAUCAGCCAACUGUUUCCGAGGUUGCCGCUUUGAUAGUUGGUGAUGUCGAUACAACUGAAAAAAGAGAUAUCAUAAUGCACAAACAGUCGGGCGCUCUUCAAAGAAUUGAUGAGUAUCAUACUUCUUAUCUUGGAUAUCAAUAUCCAUUGCUUUUUCCAUAUGGUGAGGAUGGAUAUAGGCCAAAUGUGAAACAUCAGGAUCACGGUCGCGUUGUACGUUCCACCACACCGAACAGUCGUGGUGAAUUGGAAUAUGACGAUGUUCCAUGGGAAGAAGCUACGAAGAGAAACAGGCUAAUGAUAAGAGAAUGGAUGGCAUUCCAAAUACAAUCAAGACAGAACGAGGCACCGACAUUGUUAAGAGCUCGAAGGCUAUUCCAACAAUUUUUAGUUGAUGGUUAUACAAUGUUGGAAUCGGAGAGACUUAGAUGGCUUCGUAAAAAUCAAUCCAAAUUAAGGGUUGGAAAAUAUCACAAUUUGAAUGAGUUAAACUCAAACAGGGUGACACAAGGCUCAAGCACUGGAAAAAGAGUAGUUUUGCCGUCUUCAUAUGUUGGCAGUCGUAGAUAUAUGGAUCAACUAUAUUUUGACGGAAUGGCAAUUUGCAGUUAUGUUGGUUUUCCUGACCUAUUUAUUACAUUUACAUGUAAUCCAAACUGGCCGGAGAUACAACGUUAUGUCAGACAAUCAAACUUGAAACCGGCCGAUCGUCCAGACAUUAUUUGUCGAGUAUUUAAAAUGAAGUUUGAUGAGUUACUGUCCGAUCUAACCAAGAAAUCUGUCAUGGGCAAGGUCCUUGCCUAUAUGUAUACCAUUGAAUUUCAAAAGAGGGGUUUGCCACAUGCUCACAUAAUAAUUUUUCUUCAUCCGACCAGCAAGUAUCAAAAUGCAGAUGAUAUUGAUAAGAUAAUUUCAGCUGAAAUACCUGACGAGAAUUCUGAUCAUGAGCUCUAUAACUUGGUAAAGUCACAUAUGAUACACGGUCCAUGCGGAAGACUUAACCUAAAUGCACCGUGUACAAGGGAUGGGAAAUGUUCCAAGUAUUUUCCAAAGGAAUUCCGUCCUCAAACAAUAGUCGAUCAAGAUGGCUUCCCUAUUUAUCGAAGAAGAGACAAUGGUCACACUGUGUUAAAGAAUGGAAUUCGGUUUGAUAACCGUCACGUUGUACCAUACAAUUCAGGAUUGUUAAAGAAGUUUCGAGGUCACAUAAAUAUGGAGUGGUGCAAUCGAAGUUCUUCGAUAAAGUAUUUGUUUAAAUACAUCAACAAAGGUUACGGCAGAAUCACUGCUGCCGUUGUUAGGAAUGAUGAGGUGAGCCAAAAUGCCCAGAAAAAUAUCGAAGAGAUUAAACAAUAUCUUGAUUGCAGAUAUGUUUCUCCUUGCGAAGCAUGUUGGAGAAUAUUCUCUUUUCCCAUACAUGGAAGAAAACCCGCGGUUGAGAGGUUAUUUUUUCACUGUGAAGGAGAGAAUUCUGUGUUUUAUAGAGACAUGGAUCGCUUAGAUACCGUGUUGGAAAAGCCAAGUGUCACGAAAUCAAUGUUUACUGCUUGGUUUGAGGCAAACAAAAAAUAUCCUGAAGCCAAGGAGUUAACAUACAGCAAGUUUGUUGGAAAGUUUGUUUAUGUAAAGAAAACAAGGGAAUGGAAACCGCGGAAAAAGGGUUAUACAAUUGGUAGAUUGGUAUGGGUUCCUCCCAGCUCGGGUGAGUUGUAUUAUCUCAGAAUGAUGUUAACGCAUGUAAAAGGUCCACAGAGUUACGAAGACAUAAAAAUAGUUAAUAACAAAAGAUGUAAUUCUUUCCGCGAUGCUUGCUUUGCUAUGGGAUUUAUUGGUGACGAUAGGGAGUACAUUGCUGCCAUUGAAGAGGCAAGUCACUGGGGAUCUGGGCAUUAUUUGAGGUUACUUUUUGUUCAUAUGCUGCUAUCAAGCAGCUUGAAUAGACCAACACAUGUUUGGAAAAAAACAUGGCAAUUAUUAUCGGACGGCAUAUUAUAUGAACAACGUAGAAUUGCAAACAAUAGAGAGUUGAUUUUGUCAAAUGAAGAAUUGGUCAAUUUGACAUUGGUAGAAGUUGAAAAAUUACUUCAAAAGAACAGGAAGAGUUUAUCCGAUUUUGUGGGAAUGCCACAGCCAAAUGGAUAUGUUGUUCAGCAAUUAGGCAACAGGUUGAUUUAUGAUGAACGUAACUACGACAUCAUAGAACAAAGUCAAGAAUACAAUACAUUAUAUCAACAUCUCACAGAUGAACAAAGAACUGUUUUUAACACUAUUAUCGGCGCUGUCAAUAACGAAAGAGGAGGUGUCUUUUUUCUGUACGGAUAUGGCGGCACGGGAAAGACGUACAUUUGGAGGACAUUGGCGUCUUGCAUACGUUCGAGAAAACAGAUUUGCUUGACUGUUGCUUCAUCUGGUAUAGCUUCUCUUUUGCUACCAGGAGGUAGAACAACCCAUUCAAUGUUCAAAAUUCCAAUCCCAACAUUGGAGGAAUCCAUAUGUGACAUCCCAAAGAAUACUGAUCGAGCCGAGUUGCUUCGGUCAGCCAAAUUAAUUAUAUGGGACGAAGCUCCAAUGGCUAACAAGUAUUGUUUUGAAGCACGGGAUAAAACCCUUAAGGACCUUAUGUCCGACACAAAGCCUUCCAAGUCUAUUUUUGGUGGUAAAGUUGUUGUUCUUGGCGGUGAUUUUCGUCAGAUCCUUCCUGUUAUUCCAAGGGGCAGCCGUUCUGACAUCAUUCACGCGAGCAUCAACUCUUCAUACAUAUGGGAUCACUGCAAGGUUCUCAGACUAACAAAAAACAUGCGUUUGUUGCAAUCCACAACACCUUCAAGUUCAACAGAAUUAGAAGAGUUUUCAAAUUGGAUUUUAGAUGUUGGAGAUGGAAAACUGGCUGAACCGAAUGAUGGAUAUGCAGAUAUUGACAUACCAAAGGACAUAGCAAUAUUGGCUGGAACUUUAGAGACAGUUGAUGUCGUAAAUCGUUAUGCGCUAGAUAUGAUUCCAGGAGAUGAAAAGAUUUUUUUGAGCUCCGACUCAGUUGAUCAAAUGGACACCGAUGCUUGCGAUUCUUUUAAUGCUUUGACAACAGAAUUUUUGAACACCCUGACGGCAUCCGGUCUUCCACAACAUUAG